AUGCCAUCAUCCCGCUAUCAUACUCUAUUAGUAGGCCUGCUUCUCUUCGCUACCUCGGCCAUCGGUGCACUGUAUGAAGACCCAUCGAGUAUCCCCCAAAGUGUAGCAUACGACUACAUCAUUGUUGGAGCCGGGGCUGCUGGUGGUCUGCUAUCCAACAGGCUGACUGAGUCCUCUGAUGUGAAGGUUCUUUUGAUCGAAGCGGGACCAAGUGACUACAAUAAUAUCGACAUCCAGAUUCCCAGGCUCGGCGCUGGAGGAAUAAAUGACCCUCAAUUUGACUGGAACUUCACGACUACGGCUGUCGAAGGUUUAAAUAAUCGAACGCUCGAAUAUGCUCGCGGAUACGUCUUGGGAGGCUCUACAUCUAUCAACUUCAUGGCGUACAGUCGGGGUACGCGCGACGAUUACGACCGCUGGGCCAACAUCACUGAAGACAGAGGUUGGUCUUGGGAUAACCUCUUCCCCUACAUGAUUAAGAUGGAGAAUUUGACAGCGCCGUCCGACCACCGUAAUACUACUGGAGAAUAUGAUCCCGCUGUACAUGGUUACAACGGACAGCUUGGGACCAGUAUGACAGGGAUAUUGCUGCCCACAGACGGAAGAGUCUUCAACGCAUCUGCACAACUGGCAGACGAAUAUCCAUUCAAUCUCGAUGUGAACUCUGGGAACCCUAUUGGGAUUAGUAAGUCGCAGUGCCUCAUAUUGUUUAGAAUUCACUUCUCAUUAUUGUCACAUUUGUUCAACACAGGCUGGGCCCAGACUACGAUUGCGGAUGGUGCGCGUUCGAGCUCCGCCAGGGACUUCAUCGCCCCAGCUCUUUCACGCUCAAAUCUCGACGUCGUGGUCAACACCCACGUCACAAAGAUUGUCCAAACUGGGACACAGGACAAUCUUCCUGUGUUCCUCGGAGUGAACUUCGCGCAUAAUGCUUCCAGUCCUGUGUUCUCGUUGAAUGCCACUCGUGAAGUUAUUCUAUCCGCAGGGCCCUUUCAGACACCACACCUGCUAAUGUUGUCUGGUAUCGGAGACUCUGAUGUUUUGUCUGAAGUUGGUAUCCAAACUAUAGUCGAUCUUAAGGAUGUUGGGAAGAACCUACAGGACCACCCGCUCAUGACCUCGAGCUGGACAGUCAGUUCCAACGACACUCUCGAUGAUCUCUCUCGAAACGCCACCCUUGAAAACGAGACCUUGAACGAGUGGCUCGUCAAUCGUACUGGAGCAGAUGUGAUAUCUGCUGGUAACCAAUGGGGAUGGUUGAGGCUGCCCGAUAACGCCAGUAUUUUCGAAAACACCACCGAUCCUAGUGCUGGACCUACGUCGGCACAUUAUGAGAUGAUAUUCACGAACAACUUUCUGUCAUUCAUCGAACCUGAGCCCACGAAUGGAAGCUUCUUCACAAUGUUCACCAACGUUGUCUCCACUUCGUCCCGCGGAUCUGUUAGCCUCAACAGCACCAACCCUUUCGACCAGCCAAUAAUCUCGCCAAACCUUCUCGCCACCGAAUUUGACAUCUUCAACAUGCGUGAAGCCCUCAAAUCCGCGCGACGAUUCAUGGCUGCACCCGCCUGGUCGGACUGGAUUAUUGGGGAGUAUGGGGACUUUGCACAGGCGCAAACCGAUGAUGAACUCGAUGCAUAUAUUAGGGCGCAGGCGUACACGAAUUCGCAUGGCUCGUGCACUGUGCCUAUGGGAAAGACCGGAAAUGAUACGUCGAGGGGGAGUGGAGCGUUGAAUUCGGAUUUGACAGUGAAGCAAACGGUCGGUUUGAGGGUAGUGGAUUCCACAAUAUUUCCUCGGAUCCCCGCAGCGCACACGCAGACGCCGACAUAUAUUGUCGCCGAGCGCGCUGCUGAUUUAAUAAAGGCUGCGGAUCGUCGUUAUAACACGACCUCCCUUUGA